CGAGGGAGGUUUCCUUUCCCCCGCGGGGAGACGCGCUCUCCACGGUUCCCUCUCAGCCGUCUCCCCAAGCCCCCGUCCCCUCCCCUGCUCCCACCCCCUUCUCCCGGCGCCGGGUGCGAGGUCCCUUUAAGGCGACGGCGCCUUCCUCGGGUCAGACUACCGGCGGCGACGACCACGGGAGUGAAAUAUGUCAACAUUUGGAGGAUGGGCAUCGCAGUAAAUCUAUAUUUUCCAAGCAACCAAUGCUGAUAUUUCACAAUCAUCAUAAGUAAAUAUCCUUUCAGAAUGCAAGCAUGGCGGACACCGACCUCUUUAUGGAAUGUGAGGAGGAGGAGCUGGAGCCAUGGCAGAAAAUCAGUGAUGUCAUUGAGGAUUCUGUCGUUGAAGAUUAUAAUUCAGUGGAUAAAACUACUACAGUUUCUGUGAGCCAGCAGCCAGUCUCGGCUCCAGUGCCCAUCGCUGCCCAUGCUUCUGUUGCUGGGCACCUCUCUACAUCCACCACCGUUAGUAGCAGCGGGGCACAGAACAGCGACAGUACAAAGAAGACUCUUGUCACACUAAUUGCCAACAACAAUGCCGGCAAUUCUUUGGUCCAACAAGGUGGACAGCCGCUCAUCCUAACCCAGAAUCCAACCCCAGGUUUGGGCACAAUGGUUACUCAACCAGUGUUGAGGCCUGUCCAGGUCAUGCAGAAUGCCAAUCAUGUGACUAGUUCUCCUGUGGCAUCACAACCAAUAUUCAUCACUACACAGGGAUUUCCUGUAAGAAAUGUCCGGCCUGUACAAAAUGCAAUGAAUCAGGUUGGGAUUGUGCUGAACGUACAACAAGGCCAAACGGUUAGACCAAUAACACUAGUCCCAGCCCCAGGUACCCAGUUCGUUAAGCCGACAGUUGGAGUCCCACAGGUGUUCUCUCAGAUGACCCCAGUGAGGCCAGGCUCCACCAUGCCUGUGCGGCCCACCACUAACACCUUCACCACCGUCAUCCCAGCUACUCUGACCAUUCGAAGCACUGUCCCGCAGUCCCAGUCCCAGCAGACCAAGUCCACACCCAGCACCUCCACUACUCCCACUGCCACACAGCCGACCUCACUGGGGCAGCUGGCUGCUCCGCCUCCCAGCCAGUCCAGCCAGACCCCCAACCCCAAGCUAGCUCCCUCUUUCCCCUCUCCACCUGCAGUGAGCAUUGCCAGCUUUGUCACUGUGAAGCGACCUGGGGUUACAGGUGAAAAUAGCAAUGAAGUAGCCAAACUGGUGAAUACCCUUAAUACCAUCCCUUCCCUGGGCCAGAGUCCUGGGCCAGUGGUGGUUUCCAACAACAGCUCUGCCCACGGCUCCCAGAGAACCAGCGGACCUGAGUCUUCAAUGAAAGUGACGUCUUCCAUCCCAGUGUUUGACCUCCAGGAUGGUGGACGGAAAAUAUGUCCUCGGUGUAAUGCUCAGUUCCGUGUUACUGAAGCUUUGAGAGGUCACAUGUGUUACUGUUGCCCAGAAAUGGUGGAAUACCAGAAGAAAGGAAAGUCUCUGGAUUCAGAACCCAGUAUCCCAUCAGCUGCAAAGCCCCCAUCCCCUGAGAAAACAGUUCCUGUUGCUUCCACACCGUCUUCUACACCUAUUCCUGCUCUGUCACCACCUACCAAAGUACCAGAGCCAAAUGAAAAUGUGGGUGAUGCUGUCCAGACCAAACUCAUCAUGCUAGUAGAUGACUUCUACUAUGGACGGGAUGGUGGCAAAGUGGCCCAACUCACAAACUUCCCUAAGGUUGCCACAUCUUUCCGAUGCCCACAUUGUACCAAAAGGCUAAAAAACAACAUUCGAUUCAUGAACCAUAUGAAGCACCAUGUAGAACUCGAUCAGCAGAACGGUGAGGUAGAUGGUCAUACUAUCUGCCAACACUGUUAUCGCCAGUUUUCCACGCCCUUCCAGCUCCAGUGCCACUUGGAAAAUGUUCAUAGUCCUUAUGAAUCAACGACCAAGUGCAAGAUCUGUGAGUGGGCGUUUGAGAGUGAGCCACUAUUUCUCCAGCAUAUGAAGGAUACUCAUAAGCCUGGAGAGAUGCCUUAUGUCUGCCAGGUUUGUCAGUAUCGCUCCUCACUCUACUCUGAGGUAGAUGUCCAUUUUCGGAUGAUCCAUGAGGAUACUCGGCAUCUGCUCUGCCCUUAUUGCCUGAAGGUCUUCAAAAAUGGCAAUGCAUUCCAGCAGCAUUACAUGAGGCACCAGAAGAGGAAUGUUUAUCACUGCAACAAAUGCCGGCUGCAGUUUCUCUUUGCCAAGGACAAAAUUGAACACAAGCUUCAGCACCACAAAACCUUCCGUAAACCCAAGCAGCUGGAAGGUUUGAAACCAGGCACUAAGGUGACAAUCCGGGCUUCCCGAGGGCAGCCACGAACUGUUCCUGUUUCCUCCAAUGAUGCAUCUCCCAGCACCUUGCAGGAGGCAGCACCACUGACCUCCUCAACAGACCCCCUGCCUGUCUUCCUUUAUCCCCCUGUCCGGCGCAACAUUCAGAAGAGAGCUGUUAGGAAAAUGAGUGUCAUGGGCCGGCAGACGUGUCUGGAGUGCAGCUUUGAAAUCCCAGAUUUCCCUAAUCAUUUCCCUACCUAUGUUCACUGCUCUCUGUGUCGCUAUAGCACCUGCUGCUCUCGAGCCUAUGCCAACCACAUGAUCAACAAUCAUGUUCCACGCAAGAGCCCUAAGUAUUUGGCUUUGUUUAAAAAUUCUGUGAGUGGAAUCAAGCUGGCUUGCACUUCAUGUACCUUUGUUACCUCUGUGGGAGAUGCCAUGGCCAAGCAUCUGGUAUUCAACCCCUCUCACAGAUCCAGCAGCAUCCUACCACGAGGAUUCACUUGGAUGUCUCACUCAAGACAUGGCCAUACUCGUGACCGAGUACAUGACCGGAGCUUGAAGAAUAUAUAUCCUCCUCCUGCCUUCUCCUCUAAUAAAACUGCCACUGUGAAAUCUGGGGGGGCCACCUCAGCUGAGCCUGAAGAGCUUCUGACUCCUAUGACCCAAGCACUCCCGUCACCAGCGUCAACCGCAACCCCGCCACCAACCCCAACCCACUCCCAGCCUUUAGCCCUUCUGCCCUUGGCUGCAGAGGGGGCUGAAUGUCUGAAUGUUGAUGACCAGGAUGAAGGGAGCCCAGUCAUCCAGGAGCCUGAGCAGGCAACAGGGGGCGGUAAUGGCAGUGGGGUUGGCAAGAAGGAGCAGCUGUCUGUGAAGAAGCUUCGUGUGGUACUGUUUGCCCUGUGCUGCAAUACAGAACAGGCCGCCGAACACUUCCGAAAUCCCCAACGACGGAUCCGGCGUUGGCUUCGGCGCUUCCAGGCCUCCCAGGGGGAGAAUCUGGAGGGCAAAUAUCUGAGCUUAGAAGCAGAAGAGAAGCUGGCUGAGUGGGUGCUAACUCAGCGAGAGCAGCAGCUACCUGUGAAUGAGGAGACCUUGUUCCAGAAGGCCACCAAAAUAGGACGUUCUUUGGAGGGGGGGUUUAAAAUCUCAUAUGAGUGGGCUGUGCGUUUCAUGCUCCGGCACCACCUGACUCCCCAUGCCCGGCGAGCUGUGGCCCAUACCCUACCGAAGGAUGUGGCAGAGAAUGCAGGACUCUUCAUUGAAUUCGUACAACGACAGAUUCACAACCAGGACUUACCCUUGUCCAUGAUUGUGGCCAUUGAUGAGAUCUCCUUGUUCCUAGAUACAGAGGUGCUGAGCAGUGAUGACCGGAAGGAGAAUGCCCUGCAGACAGUGGGCACAGGGGAACCUUGGUGUGAUGUGGUGCUGGCCAUUCUGGCAGACGGCGCUGUCCUCCCCACCCUGGUUUUCUACCGAGGACAAAUGGAUCAACCUGCUAAUGUGCCAGACUCGAUAUUGCUAGAGGCAAAGGAGAGUGGCUACAGUGAUGAUGAGAUCAUGGAGCUGUGGUCAGCUCGGGUGUGGCAGAAGCACACUGCUUGCCAGCGUAGCAAAGGCAUGCUUGUGAUGGACUGUCACCGCACUCACUUGUCGGAAGAGGUGCUGGCUAUGCUUAGUGCCUCUAGCACCUUGCCCGCAGUGGUCCCAGCAGGCUGUAGCUCCAAAAUCCAGCCGUUAGAUGUAUGCAUCAAACGAACUGUCAAGAACUUCUUACACAAAAAGUGGAAGGAGCAGGCCCGGGAAAUGGCAGAUACUGCAUGCGAUUCCGAUGUCCUGCUUCAACUGGUGCUGGUCUGGCUGGCUGAGGUGCUGGGCGUCAUUGGGGACUGUCCAGAGCUGGUACAGCGGUCCUUCCUCGUGGCUAGCGUUCUGCCUGGCCCUGAUGGCAACAUUAACUCGCCUACAAGAAAUGCUGACAUGCAGGAGGAGCUCAUUGCAUCCCUAGAGGAGCAACUGAAGCUGAGUGGGGAACAGUCUGAGGAACCCUCAGCUUCCACUCCCCGACCCAGGUCAUCUCCUGAAGAGACAAUUGAGCCUGAAAGCCUUCAUCAGCUCUUUGAGGGCGAAAGUGAGACCGAGUCUUUUUAUGGCUUUGAAGAAGCCGACCUAGAUCUGAUGGAAAUUUGAGUGUUGGGGUCAUGAGUGGGUGCAGAGUGGGGGUGGGAAAGUGUGAAGGGGGGGGUAGAGGAAUUUAGGGAAAAGGGGUUAUGCCAGGUGGGGUAUUUCGUUUAUAUUUUUUAAUUUUAUGCCACCACUCCCCACCCCACCCCCCAUGUUGACUUCUGUUUCCCUGUGGAUUUGUGGAUUAUUAGGAAUACCAGUAGUGAUCCCAUCUGAGCCAAGGAGCUGGCCCAUUGGUCGUUCACUUCUGCUAAAAACAGGUUUUAGUGACUUUUUUUUUUUUUUUUUUUAAUUUAAAUCACUGUUUGGUAUUUUUCUGACAAAAUCAAGAAAAAGAAAAAAAAUUCUUUGUGGGCGAAUGUUAAUUUUUUUGUUUCCCCUUUUACCUCAAUUGUAUCAUAGUACAUCUGGGUUUUUCUCUUUGUUUUACUGUGUGGCAGUGUCUUUGGGCAUGUUAUUCAACCAUUGUCAAUGUGAGAACAUUUCUGAAGAUGGGAAAGACAAAAAAAUAUGUAGCUCACAAACUGGUUUAUUAUAUAUAUGGAUAAAACUUUUUUCAUUGUGGUCUUAACACUUUUAUAUAAAAACGAAAAUGGAAAAAAA